ACAAAUCCUGACUUUCCCCUCAAAGCUCUAGCCUGCUCUGCUCCACACGACUUCUCUACGAUCUGAGACACAGACACAAAACACACACACACACACACACCUCCUGGAGCUCCUGCAGAACCAGAGGAGGAGAAAAGAGGGUGGAAGAAUUUGGCCUCAAGUCUUGCAGCCGCCUUCAAACUGCUGGGAUGAGGUGGUGGCUGAUGGCGGCCAGUUUGUGGCUGCUGGUGGUUGUGACCGUCUCGAACGCUCAGGCCAGGAACAGACCUCGCAACCAGGACGGGGAAAUCCACAAGGGGAAGAGGAAGAGGGACGGACCAGGUCCUGGGCGAGCCAGAGCGGGGCGCUCCAGACCUCUACAGAUCAGACUGGUUCCUGGUCCCAGCAUGCCGGUGGAGCCUGGAGGGAACCAAGGAAAGACUCUGAUCAUGAAGUCCUACAAGAACCUACAAGAACAGCACUCCAGCUACAACGUAAUCCCAGGUAAGCAGGGCCAGUGUGUGUUCCAGGGUCUGACCAUGUUCGACCAGGCCGUCUGGUCUCCAAAGCCCUGUGUGACUUGUCUGUGUACCGGAGGGCGGAUGGUUUGUGACGAGCUCACCUGUCCCAAAAUGCACUGCCAUUUCCCCUUCACCCCUGCUGGGGAGUGCUGCCCCGUCUGCAUGGAGUCAGACCCUGACAGCCUUGACCUUUCUGGUGACUCCCCAGUUCCCAACGACCCCGGCGAGCCCGUGACCCCGCUGACCCAGGAGGAGAUCCAGCGUAUCCUCUGGCGGGAGGAAGAGGAGCACCGCGGGGAGGAGGAACGCCUGACAAAGAAGGACGAGGCGAGGAAGAAGAGGAGGAAGCAGAGGAAGGAGCAGGCGGAGAAACAAAGAAAGAUAGUGGAGGGGAAGAGGAGAGAGGAGGAGAAGGCGCUGAGAAUGCAGGUGGAGAAGGAGGAGGAGGAGUGGAGGAGGCAUAUGGAGGAGGAGGAGAGAAGGGGGGAUGAGGAGGAGAGGAGGAGACAGGAUGAGGAAGACAGGAGGCGGAAGGAGGUGGCAGAGAGAGCAGCAAGGGAGAAGGAAAGGAAGCUAGAGGAGGAAAGGUGGAGACAGGAGGAGCUGCUGAGGGAGGAACUACUGGCUCUGGUGGAUGAGGAAGAGGAGGAGCAGGAAAAGGUAGAGGAGGAGGUGUGGCUGAGAGGAGACGUGUUUGAGAUGCUUCCAAAAGAACCCAAGGAACCAGACCUCCUCCCUGCUCCGAUACCACAAACUCCUGCUGCGACGGAGGCCGAGCUGAAGGAGAUGGAAGCAGCAGUGGAGGAGGCAGAAGAGGAGCAGGAGGAGGAGGAGGAGGAGGAGGAGGAGAGGGAGGUGGUGGUAGAGAACAGAGGAGGCCUUCCUCCAGGCUGCGACAUCUCUGAUGUCACUCUGACAUGUGAUAACGCCAAACUCACAUACUUCCCUCCUCUGUCCAUCCCGAAGCUCAAGUCUCUGAGUCUGGAGGGCAACAACAUCAGCAGCAUCCCAGCAGAAGCCUUCAACGGCAUCCCAAACCUGGAAUGGAUCAACCUUAAGAAAAACAAACUCACCUCUAACAGCAUUGAUGCCAAAGCCUUCAAAGGUCUGAAGAUGCUAAGCCGUCUGUACUUGGACGGGAACCUUCUAGAAGCCGUGCCCGCUGACCUUCCCCCGACCCUGCAGGAGCUGAAGAUCAACGAGAACCGACUGAGAAGAAUCCAUGAAAAGAGCUUCCAAGAUCUGAGCAGCCUGGUGAUUCUAGAGUUGGAGGGAAAUCUGCUGAGUGAGGGGAAUUUAGAUCCUCUGGCCUUCGCUCCCCUCAUCCAGCUCUCCUACCUCCGACUGGGCAGGAACUACUUCCGCACCAUACCACAAGGCCUUCCCAUUUCACUGCUGGAGCUGUACUUGGAGAACAACCUGAUUGAGGAGAUCUCAGAGACAGCUUUCAACCAGACCCACAGUCUGAACGUGGUUUCUUUGAGACACAACAGGCUGGACGAGACCAGGAUCGCCCCGCUGGCCUGGUUCAACCACAGAAAUCUGGAGUCCAUCGACCUUUCAAAUAAUGACCUUUACCUUGUUCCAUCAUACCUGCCCAAAUCUCUGGUCCACCUGGUGCUGGUGGGAAACAACAUAGAGAGGAUACCUGGUUACGUCUUCGCCCACAUGGACCCUGGUAUCGAGUACCUCUACCUCUCGUACAACAAACUGGACGGGGAGGCCAUCGAGCCGGAGUCGUUCUUCGGCUCGUACCAGUCCAUGGUGGAGCUGUGUCUGGAUCACAACCAGCUGAUCUCUGUCCCGUCUGGCAUCAACGAGAUGACCAACUUACACUUCCUCAGACUCAACGACAACAACAUCAGGAGUGUCUCAGACGAAAGCAUCUGUGACCCAAACCACAGCGGGGACUCCACCAUGGUGGCCCUGAGGCUGGAAAACAACUACAUGGACCCCCAGAAGAUCUCACCGACAGCCUUCUCCUGUGUGCGCUCCGCCUCCAGUGUGGUCCUAAAACCACAGAAAACCAAGUGACCACGCAAAACUAAAAAUAAAAGACACUUGUUUAAUCUUCCAGAAACACAAAGGUUUUGAUGUGCAAAGAGCAGUGAAAACUUUCCCUUCCCUAGCUUCCUCUGAUGCUGUAUGUUAUUGAAAUUACACCCAAAAUACAAAGGAAUUGGCUCACGGAACAUGGGAAAAAGAAAUUGUCCUGUUGAAACACAGCUGAUGUAAUUUGCCUUAUUGGAAUGUAUUGUUCCUGUUCAGAACCUCUACGAUGUUCUUCUUCUUUGGCCCUACUACACAGCUUUAGGUCUGGCAUGUUUCCUGGCCCACUUUCACCUGUUAUGAAGAUGACAGAACACACUCAAAAUCAAACACAUCUGUCUCCUUUAGUAAAAUGUUAAACCCUGUAAAAUGGAAAGAAAUCCGCCUCCUUGCACAGUAAAAAGAAAAAAAGCUCAUAAAGACAUGGAAGGAAUUUGAUGAAAUGAGACCACAAGCCCAACAACAUUAUUAUUUUAACAACCUCGCCACCUUCAUGUUCCAUUUCUCAGCUCCGUUUCUUCCAAUGCCUUCUUUCAUAAAACUCUGACAUGGAACGGAGGAGUGUGAUCACACAUGUGAGACAUCCUCUGAGCUCGUUGUGUUAAAGAUGAGGAGCAGCAUUAAAGGAUGAAGCUCAUCCCUCCGACAUAAAGAUACAGAAGAUGUAAUGAUCUUUCCUCCAUCUUUUACUUUCUUUGUGUGCACUUCAGUGGACUGAAGCAGACAGUUACUUCCUCUGGUGCUAGAUUUCUUCUUGAUACAGGAGUUUUUUUAGGUAUGGUAAAGGAAGUUAUGAUUUCUCCCAUUCCUCCCACAGGACAUACAGAGUGAUGUUGGGCCACGUUCAUAUUUAUAACUGUAGCUUCAUCUAGUUAACUUCUAUUUCACCUUGUUUCAUUAUUGAAUAGAAGACUAUUAAAUGCAGUUGCUGUGUCUGCUAUAGACUUUCAUGAAGAUGGGUAAAGUUUUGUGGACCACUGGUUCCAGAAAUAUUUUCCGUAAAUUUGAAAUUGCAAAGUUUUCUUUUUCAGUGUUCCUCAACACAGAACCGUUACUUAAUCGUACUACACGUCUAUGUUCAUGCUUUAACUAUCAACCGGAGUAACUGGAGUAUAAUGCAUUAAUAACUCAUCAGCGCUGACAGUGACUAUAAGAAGGCUUCUGCAGGUUGGGAGAGUGAAUCCUUUAUGUAUGAGUGGAUUAAAUGCUCUUGUAGUACAUUCAGAUUGUACCGUUGCUUUGAAUAGCAUUGACCAGAGGUACAGUGUGCCCAUUUGAUAUUUCAGUAACAGUAAAGAACUGUAAAACAUC